AUGGUUAUUUUAUGUGACGAAAAAGUUGUUUUGCGCGACGAAGUGUACUCGUUCGUCGCGCAAAAUUCCGAUGUUGACAAGUCUUUGAGCGACAAAAAAUGGUUAUUUUAUGCGACGGAAAAGUUGUUUGCGCGACGAAACAUAUACUUCUUCACGCAAACUUCUUCUUCUACAUAUCUGCAUUUCGCCAUUGCAGAGUCAGAAUACAAAGAAAAUUUUCAAAAUCUGUAUGUACUGUGCUGCGCUGCUGUCUUUGCUGGGAAUUCAAUACGCUCAUUGGACAUCUGUAAUUUGCUAUUGUGGAGAACGAUUGAGAAUGAAUUAUGGACAGAAGGUGGAUAUAGAACCCGAACAGAUGCGCAAACGAAUACUUGGAUGGAAUCGAGGAUUUUAUUGAGUUUACACGUAGACACAACCCGGGUGCAACUAGAAUCCAUUGUCCUUGUAGGAGUAAGGAAUGGAAUGAUUGAGACAUAUAGCAUUUGGAACCUUUACGAGGAACAAUUAGAGCAUGCUUCGUCUUCAAAUGCCACAAGAGUGGACAAUGUUGAACCAAUUGUGGAUGCGAAUGAUCAAGUCAUGGAUAUUAUAUAG